AUGGAUCGUCGGGACAUCACUGCGACCCCCGUAAGGGAGACCAAGGGCCCUUGGUACUCGGGGCCCCCUGGACGCCGCUGCCUCUCUGCCCUCGCCUUCCCCGCACCGGCCACUAAUACUCCAACCCCUGGCACCUAUAACUUGAAAACAUUCAUUGAAGAAGGCCUAUCAAAUCCAGUGACAGCGACCUACAAUUUUAAAAAUGAGGGAAGGAAAAGGCCACCGCUGGUGCUAAGAAAUGAUCCCGUGUUCACUGACCUUCCCCAGUACAUGCCCCCUGACUUUGUGGAGUUAUUAAGCAAGCAAUUGGCCACGUACAGCUUUAAAGACAAAGGCCGGGAAGACUUCGAAAUGUUGGUGUACCUAGCUAAAACCCUGAAGUUGGGUCCUGGGAGGGCAAAUGCCCUACCCUUUCCAACUCCCAAGUAUGAGACCAGGGAUUUUGUGUUUCGUUCUGCAGUGCAAAGAUUCCCAACAGGUUACUUUAUUCCUCAUGAAGGUCCAGGACCCGGCGAUUAUGACUUAAAGAUACCACCAAUAGCAUCUAUUACUUCUUGUUUUCAAUCUAAAGUACCUCGAUUCUUGCCUCUCUGUUCAAAAACACCAGGCCCAGGUGCUUACACAUCUUCAAAACAGUUCCCCAAACAGCCUCGGACCAUAGCUAGGAUGGGCCGAGAACACAGCCUCUUCUUCAACAACACCGCGGGAGUGGGGCAGGACCCUGCCCCCUUCAGCUUGUUUCUGACUGAGGUUCCCUCCACAGAGCCAUACCUGUCUGCCCUGGGCAGAGGACCUCCAAGGGCCAGACUGGAGGUGGGGCCACCCCAGAAGCCUGACGUGGCUGUGGGUGGGUGA